UUAAAUCUUUAAAAGCCAAGCCAUAAGAGACAUUCAACUCAAAACAAUCACUAAGCCGUGGCUGAAGAGUGACUGCAGCUGCAAUGAGUCUCAUUGAAUCAGACUACUCCGAGUAUGAGCAAGAUGUGGAAGAUGGGACACCUGCCCAGUCUGUUGGGACAUUCCAGGGGACAACCACUGAGAGUGAAGUAGACGAAGCCAAGCCCAAGAAAAGGACAAGGCCAGUGAGGUCAAAGGCCAGGCGAGUAGCGGCCAAUGUCAGGGAACGAAAAAGGAUCCUGGACUACAACCAGGCAUUUAAUGCUUUGCGUCUGGCUGUUAAACAUGACCUGAGUAGCAAGAGGCUGUCCAAAAUAUCAACCCUGAAGAGAGCCAUUAACAGGAUCUCUACACUGUCCAUGUUCUUACACUCCAACCCUCCACAGAAGUCGAGCUGUAGCCACCCUGAAUGUCACCUUCAAUGUAGUGGUCACAGACAGCCAGGGGUCAAAGACAGCAGCCCUCAGGACUUCUUAGUGCCACCACAGACAAAUCACGCUGUCUCUGCAAAUCCAAGCUAUGAGGAGGCCACACAACUUCAGCAAUCUCCCUCUCCUUACUACACCAGACUAUCACCUGAGGCCCCAUACGUGCAGUGCUCUUAUGGAAGCCCAACAGAGGACAGUCCCAUGCCAAGCUUCCCAUACUACACACAUGGGAGCUACAGUAUUGGUGUCAGGGGCAGCUACUAUCAGAACCACAUGGACAGUUUCACAGAACCAACUCCUGGACCAUUUACUUGGCAGCUUGGAUGCUUUCAAGGAUCAGCAUACCAACAUUCUCUCACCAUGCACUGAGCAAAAUACUGGUAACUUUAUAAAACAAUGUUGUGUUUAUUCAGACAGCUUUGCAGACGCACAAAUGAAAAGACAAGAUUUGAUUUAAAGGACAAUUUGCCAAUGCAAAAUAAAGUUCUGGACUAAUUAACUCGUGUCAGACCUGCAAGUGAAAAUACUGUAGGCAAAAAAAUCUGUGAACUGUUUAAACUCAGGGGUAAGACAUUUGCAGACUGUGAAUAUAUUGUAGUAAUAUUUAAAUCUGAAGACAAUGUAUUUUUCUUAUAGCUUUAUCAAGGACUGAAAUUCACUUCCAAUCUAAGCACAAAAUGGAUUGCCAUUUGGCAACUCAAAUAUUUAAUGAUGUUUGUAUGACUGAACAGCUUUUCUCACUUAAUAAUUUUUGUUAAAUUAAGGUGACAUUUCAUCAGGUAAACUAUUACAUUGCUUGAGCUUUGCCAAUAGAGACAGAACUAUCACAAGGUUCAUUCAAUAUAAUGAUUAUUUGCAGUAACCCAUAGUAACCUAUUGCAAUGGAACAUGUAGUCAUAUUGGUGAAAAACUGCUGGGUGGUUUCCAAGGGUUAUUGCAUUUUGCACAUUGCUUUUUACCUUUAUUAUACUAAUAUUGCAUUUGUGAUAUCCUAUAAGUGUAAAAUGGGGGUGUUGCCUACAGCUACAAACGUAGUCAUUGCCUCAUUUUGUAACCUGUACACACAAAAACUAACAUAUGCUCUCUCUGGAUGCUAUGGGCAUCACCACCACUGUCCACUUUCCAGUUUUAAAAAGUAACGUGAUGGUAAUGCUGUAUGAUUAUGAUUCCACUUGUUCUGGUAGAGUUUGUUAUUGUUAACCUCGGAAAAUACUACUGUAGUUAACUGGCUCUUUCUUUAGUAUUCUGACUUAUGCAGAUCAUUUGUUCUGACUUCACCUGCUGUAUUCUUGUUCCAGGUCAAUUGCUCAGAAAAUAUGGAAGAUAUGUUAUAUCGAUGACAUAUAAUGUAGAUGAUAUAUGGAUCCAUAUAAUAUGGAUGAAAAUAUGCAAGACAUAAGGCUAUCAUGACUGCCAGCCAACUAGCAUUUCUAGUAGGUGGUCAUCAAUGGCUGUCUCCAUAUUUCUGUCAGCAAAGUUUUUCUUUCAAUGAUUAUUCCCAGCACAAACAUCAGUGUAGUAUAUUUAGGAUGGGACAGUCUAUUUUUUGCUGAUUAUUAUUGCCAUUAUUUUACAGCUUAAAUCUAA